AUGCCAUCAAACAGACAUAUCGAUGAUGUCGCAGACAUGAAAAGGCCUCUCUCUCCAGUAGCAAGUCCUUCAUCGCCGAAGCGAGUCAAGAGGGACGAUUCGAGACUCGUCAAAGAUGAUAAUGAGGUUGACUCUCGGGCACUUGAUGGCUGGGGUUAUAAGACAUGGCGUAUGACAACAAGCAACCCAUUCGCCAGCCGUGGCUACUCCCAAAAUAUCGGCUAUCCUUCGGAGAACGAAAAUGUUAAGUUCGAUCCAGCGUAUCUCGACGAGGAGUACCAGAAUCAGCAAAUUCAGCAAGCGACAGAAAAUAAUUUGCAUACUAUGGAAGAAAGCAAACAUUCUCCCCAAGAGACUCCAUCCCUGUCUCCAGCAUCGUCUUCUUGCGCUCCAGGAUCGCCCACGCGAUAUGCGUCGCCGUCACCAUGCCGUAGACGCAGUUCAAGACCACCACCUAGGUUGCGCAAGCGUCGCCAGCGCCCACCGACGACACCACCACCAGCACCACGGCUGGAGACGUUGACUUCACCUCUUGACGCAACACCAUCACCAUUGUUUCGCUCGAGUCCUCGCUCGUGCGAGGUUGUCAACACCGAAGAGGCAGUACACCAGCAAUAUUCUCGAAACACCCUGGGCCUGGGUGACAGCGAGCAUGGUAAUAUUGUAUAA